AUGGCCACCACAGAUGUUUCUAAUGGAUGGGCUCUGACGAUCCUUAGUAUGUCCACUCUGUCGUGGGCUUCAACUGUUGUCGUCGCCUUGGUCAUCUCCAUCCGGAUCAUGACAGCUUCCCAACACGACCCUCGCGAACCCCCCUUGCUGCCAAUUUCUACUAUAAGCCAUCUGAUAGGACUUACUAAACAUCGACUGAAAUAUGCCGACCACCUCGCGCUCUCGAAUCGAAAUAAGUUUUCAGAAGGUUUUUUCACUAUCAACUUGUUCGGGCAGAAGAUCUAUCUUCUCUCGAAUCCAUCUAUUAUUAUUGCUGUACAAAAGAAAUCUCGGAUCCUCACUGGAUAUGAGCUUCUCGUUGGACUCGGAAUUAAACUUUCUGGAUUCAAGGGGAAAGCUAAACAGUUAGUUUUACAGGAUAUGAAAAAUCCUAAAGUUGGUUCACUAUCAACCGACACUCAUAAGAGUCUAUAUCGAACUUUAGGCGAAGGUGCCAACUUGAAUAACAUGAAGACCGACUUUUUUACGAGGACUUUCAACUCACAACAAGGUUUAUAUGAAAAGGUUGCAGAAGAUUCAAUGACCAUUGAUAUAUUCCUGUUUAUUGCCGAAACAAUUACCAAAGCUACAACACAUAUGCUUUGGCGUGAUAACAACCCUUUUGAAUCUAACGCAACCCUUUGGAAAGACUAUCAGACAUUUGACAAUGAGCUGGGUCUUAUAUUAUUCUAUCCUUUUGCUUCACAGCUAGCAAGAAAUGGGAUAAAUGCGCGGAAAAAAAUUGGAUCUCUAUUAACACAAUAUUGGCGAAGUGGUGGAAGUGAUGACGCAUCAUUGUUGGAGAAACAAAACUAUAAUAUUGCUCGAAAAUGGGGUAUGUCAGUUAACGAUAUUGGAUUUAAAAGUAUCGCCAUUCUUGUUGCGGCACUAUCGAAUACAAUGCCGGCGGCAUACGGCGUUCUCAGCUAUAUCUGUAAUGAUGCAGAGCUUCUCUCGGAUAUUCGAUCAGAAUUGGACAAUGUUACAAUUCAAGUCGAUAACAAAGCCUUCAUCGAUUAUCACAGUCUUCGACCAAAAUGUCCUCUUCUCAACUCUACAAUUUAUGAGGUGCUCCGGAUUUUAUCGAUUGCAUCGACUGUUCGCGAUGUUGAUGAAACAUGUACUGUCAGUUCAGAAAGCCGUCAGUAUGUGCUUAAGAAAGGAGCAAAGAUCAUUGUCUCAGGAAUUGUUACACACACGUCACCAGAAAUAUAUCCGGACCCAUAUCUGUUUACACCCCGCCGAUUUUUGGACGUUGCUUUUCCUGAGACCCAAAUGUCUGGUCAAUUUCGCGCGUUCGGAGGCGGGUUUCAUUUAUGUGCCGGCCGUUAUCUGGCGAUCGAUGAAAUCAUGGCGACCGUAGGAGGUCUUAUCACCAGAUUUGACUUUCAGCCUAUCACUAGUGACGGAAUAAGAAAAUCUUGGACUCUGCCGAUUCGGGAGGAUAGCUUUACACAUAUUCUCAUCCCCCAGCCGAGGGGAGAGGUGCUCGUCGAAGUGAGACGAAGGAGAGGAUAUAAAGACGUGCAAUGGAUAGCUUAA